GUACCUGUGGCUUAAAACCCCUAAUAACAAACCCCUACUAUUAAUUGCUCCAUCUACGCGGGAAAUUUUGAAAACAAAAUGUUCAAGUAUGGCGCCAUUUCAUUUCAUAAUCUAAAGCCAAGCUACAAACAAAAUGGGCGUUCGAAGAUUUGUAUGAAUCACAGAAAGAGAGAAAGAGAUGUCAAAAAAUUCACACUUCGAGAUUCAUGACACCGAUUCUCAGAUUUUGAGUCUUCAGGAUUCGAUUUCACUUCCUUCAGAGCCUCCUGAUAUCAGAAACUGGUUCUCAAGCUACGAAUACGAAUCCCCGGAGUUGAAUACGUCUGACGGCUUUCAAGAUUCUGACGGGUCUGCAGAAAAUUGUCUUGAUGAGGAAAAAGGAGUGAAAUCUGAAGGGAAUCAGCAUUUAGGAAAUUUCGACGAGGGUUUUGUUUCUUCACCAAGAAAAUCAUCAGAUGGGGUUAAUAUCAAUCCUGCUGCCUUGGUCACAGGAUUGUCGGAGUCCCUCUCGUUUUCUUCAGAACCUCCAGACAUUACAAAUUUGUUCUCGAGCUAUGUGUAUGAGUCACCACUGCUGGAUAAUACCGAUUUUUGCACAUUUUCUGACCAUGAAGAGAGAGAAGAUCGCGAAGAUGCUAUGCACUUCAUCGAUGUGGAAAAGAGUGAAGAGUUGCGAUUGGCUGGUCAAAAUCAAAUCCCAAAUGUGUUGGUCAAAUGCACCAACAUGAUAAAAGAUGCCAAACUGAACUCUCAGUUAGUCUGUAAUGAUGCUAACAAUGUUGAUCUGAAGCCACUGUCAUCUUUACCGAGUCGUUUGAUUUCUGAAACGGCAGACAAAUCAUUGAAUAUGAUAAACGAUAAAUGUAAUCAGGGAAAAUCUGCUUGUGAGUUGAUUUUAGAGAAGGGAUGUUAUACAGAUUUCACGGAGAACAAAGCUCCCCAUGAAGAUGUACCUGAAGCAGAUUGCUUGAGAAAGUCUAGUGAGAGAAGAAGCAGUGGGAAAGAAAAUGAGGAAACCGAUUUACUCGAAAAUGGAUUUAUUACAAUAAGAAAGAAGAGUCGAGCAAAUGAUGAAAACAAAACAAGGCAUGUACAAGUUAAUUAUGGAUCCUUGAGCAACGCAGUAAAACCUCCGUUAAACGCUAAGAAAGAUGCUCAAAGAAGCAGGGCAGUUUUAUCUGAUAUGUCCAACUUUCAUUCCAUUAAUGUAAUGGGAAGCACUGGUAAAUGGCGUUGCCCUCAGAAGAAUAAACCGGACCUUGGCCCUCCUCUAAAGCAGCUUCGUUUAGAUCAAUGGGUUCGUCGAAUAUAAAGUAAUAUUUCAGAUUUUUUUUUUUUUUUUUUUUUUGUGGUAUCGAGUGUAAAUUUACGUUUGGUUUAUGAAUAUUUGAAAGAGGAUUUUUUCAAUUAUGGCCACUGGCUUUGUAUUUGGUCUUGGCAAUAACCUUGGAAAACAGGAUAAAGGGAGAACUUUUGAUUCAUUUGCUUCAA